CGUCUUCAAUUAACAGGUUGGAUUUACAUCUGAAGAGGAUUUAAAAUGGUUGACUGCGUCAACGCGCGCGAAAAAGCUAAUUAAAUAUAUAAUUUUGAGUCAACAAGUUCUGUGAAAGUGCACGAUCCCUUGACAGCUAUCUUAUUCUACGCCACCUUGGAUCAUUUGGUACAACCCCCUUUAUGCCACCUUUAAGCGAUUUCCAGGACUGCCCUUAGCCACAAACUUUUGCUUUUCAAUCUCAUCCGACAAAAUGGCUUGAGAUGUUGCAGCAAAGUUAUGUUGAAGCAAAGUGUGACAAUUAAGUGUAUUGACAUCCACUAACGUGGGUGAAUUAUUGCACUUAAUCAUUUAAUAUAACAAUCAUUGGAGAAAUAUCUCGUAUGUUGAACACCACAGCAAGUACAGGUUCUUUACAGACUCGGGUGGAGAAGUUAAAGUCAAGAACUGCCUUCAUUGAGGUUGUUGACCUGCUCUCCGAGCUAGCUUUCUUUCGUUCAGACGUUUUGGCACCAGGCGAGGCCUCUGCUGAAGCAAUGUUAUUCUACUCUGCUUGGAAUUGGUCAGCUUUUGUGCUCCUGAGAUGCUGCUUGGCCUGCUGUGUUCAUCCAGCUUCACGCUUUAUUAUCUUGGAUUCUCCAGCAUCUGCAGUUCCCGUUAUCUCUGGAAUUUAUACUGCCUGGUUCACGAUGACACCUUCAGGAUUAUCUUGUGACCCCCUUGCCUCCAGAGCCCAGAGCUGCCAUCUGCUCGCUGUAAUACAUCCUUCAGUAAGGCUUCAGAAAAACAGGCACACUGCUCUGAGAUGCAGCAACCUGCAGAGUGUUUGUCUUGGAUUACAUUUGAAGUGAAAACAGCCUUUUUGAGCAAGUGAAUGGAGACUUUGUGAUGGUCUUGGAACUUUACAGAACGUUGGAAUUUUAAAAAUUGGACAGUGAUUCUGAUUUCCUAUUAAUGAAAGGUUCUCAUUUCUAAUAUAUGAACCGGUGAACCACUGUUAUUCUUCCAUCUCGUUUCCUUUGUAGGAUCAUUUGAAGUCUUGGUGAGAAAGAGAGAGGGAGAUUGGCUUUGAAUUGGAAAACGUCAAUGCUAUGGUGAACUGCUUCUUUAUUCCGAGAAAUCCUUUUUUGUCAUGUGUGGAACUGGUUCAACACCGAGAUAAGGGGUAACACUGUGGAUAUUGGGAGCCAUCAGCCAUGGUAAAACUUGCAAAUCCGUUGUAUACCGAGUGGAUUUUGGAGGCAAUCCAAAAAGUUAAAAAGCAGAAACAGAGACCCUCUGAGGAAAGGAUUUGUAAUGCUGUAUGUUCAUCCCAUGGAUUAGACAGAAAAACUGUCCUGGAACAACUAGAGUUGAGCGUGAAAGAUGGGACAAUCCUAAAGGUUACAAAUAAAGGACUAAACUCUUACAAGGAUCCAGACAAUCCAGGGCGAAUUGUACUUCCCAAACCUCGAAAUCAGUCCAAGUCGGAUGCUAAACACACAGUCGACUGGAAUAAGCUUCUCAAAAGGGCACUUGAGGGUUUAGCGGAGCCCAAUGGGUCAUCAUUGAAGAACAUUGAACGAUAUUUGAGGGGUCAGAAAGAUGUGAUAGCUGUAUUUGGGGCUGGUGCCUCCUCAGCCCUUCACCAGCAACUGAGGCUUUCUUUGAAACGCGCCAUAAGCCAUGGCAGGAUCGUCAAGGAUGGGCCCCUGUAUCGGUUAUCACGCGGCAAACCAGGCAGUGAAAGCAAACAAGGACAUGAGUCAAUUGCCUGCCUCCCACCGGUUAGCCUCCUCACUCAUGAGAAGGACCGGCCCCGUGCAGAGCCGAUUCCCAUCUGUGGGUUUUGCCUGGGGACAAAAGAGCAGAACCGGGAGAAGAAACGCGAAGAACUCAUUUCAUGCGCAGAUUGCGGUAACAGCGGUCACCCAUCCUGUUUGAAAUUCUCUCCUGAACUAACAGCUCGUGUGAAAGCCUUACGGUGGCAGUGUAUUGAAUGCAAGACCUGCAGCACCUGUCGGGAUCAGGGGAAGAAUGCUGAUAACAUGUUGUUCUGUGAUUCAUGUGAUCGAGGGUUUCACAUGGAGUGUUGUGACCCUCCUCUCACCAGGAUGCCAAAAGGCAUGUGGGUGUGUCAGAUCUGUCGGCCACGCAAGAAGGGAAGAAAACUGUUACACAAGAAAGCGGUACAGAUUAAACGGCGCUACGCAACAGCAAUAGGGCACUCAAAAAAUAGAUUAAAGAAUAAGCCAGUAUCAAAAGGCUCUCAGCCAUUUGACAAAGAGCGACAAUGCCCUGGUCGGGGUCGUAAGCGCAAAAUCUCAGCAGUCCCUUCAAAGCCAGGACGAUUGGAUGGACUGAACACCUUGAAUGCACGAACCACCAAAUCUUCCCGCCUGAAAAUGAACAAGAAAACCAAAGGGCUCAUUGAUGGCCUUAGCAAAUUCUUCACCCCUUCGCCUGAUGGCCGCAAGCCACGGGGUGAACUCCUGGACUUAGCUGAGCAAUACAGGCUUAAGCGAAAGGGCCCACGAAAAUCAAGCACUUCUGACAACAGCACAUGGCCCACAGACAAUCAGGACUCGUGGAAUUGCAAACGUGAAAAUGACGAUGACCAAUCGCUGAACAAGGACAUUGUGACUGAGAAAGAUUUGGACCUUUUUCAACAUGUUCAGGAGCUUGCAUUGGAGAAAGUUGGAGUCACUGGUCCCCCAGAUCCACAAGUCCGUUCACCUUCUGUUAUAGAAUUUGGAAAAUAUGAGAUCCAGACCUGGUAUUCGUCUCCUUAUCCCCAGGAAUACACAAGGUUGCCAAAGUUAUACUUGUGUGAAUUUUGCCUCAAGUACAUGAAGAGCAAAAGCAUUUUGCAGCAACACAUGAAGAAAUGUAAUUGGUUUCACCCGCCUGCAAAUGAGAUUUACAGGAAAGACAAGAUUUCCGUGUUUGAAGUGGAUGGUAACAUCAGUACCAUAUAUUGCCAGAACCUGUGCCUACUGGCCAAACUCUUCCUUGACCAUAAGACAUUGUACUAUGAUGUGGAACCCUUCCUCUUCUAUGUUCUGACUCAGAAUGACAGCAAAGGCUGCCAUCUCGUGGGCUACUUCUCCAAGGAGAAGCAUUGCCAGCAGAAGUACAAUGUGUCCUGCAUCAUGAUUCUUCCCCAGUACCAGAGGAAAGGAUAUGGAAGGUUCCUCAUUGAUUUCAGUUACUUGCUAUCAAAGCGGGAAGGCCAAGCUGGGUCACCAGAGAAGCCGCUGUCUGACCUGGGCAGACUCUCGUACAUGGCAUACUGGAAGAGUGUCAUCCUGGAGUGCCUUCACCAAUGUCAUGACAAGCAACUCAGCAUCAAGAAACUGAGCAAGCUCACAGGGAUCUGUCCCCAGGAUAUCACCACAAUACUGCAGCAUCUAAAGAUGUUGCAAUUUCGCAAUGACCGGUUUCUGGUCAUUCGCCGAGAGAAGCUGAUUCAGGAGCAUAUGGCAAAGCUUCAGACUAAUCCAAGGCAGAUUGAAGUCGAUCCUGACAGUUUACGCUGGACACCUUUGAUCUUUUCAAACACUGCAAUGUCUGAGGAAGAAGAAGAUGAAGAUGAUGAAGAUGAGACUCCAGCAUUAAAGACUGAAACUACGAGUGAGGUAUGGGAUAAGAAGGAGCCCAAUGGUUAUGUGCCAUUCCAGAAUGGCAGGCAGAUAGUAGCAUGUGCAGCAGCAUGCAAAGCCCAACAGGAUAGUUCCAUGGAAGGUCUUUUGCCUAAUGGUGAGAACAGAAGGAAACAUUUCAGUGAGAGCAGUGAGGAAGAGGAGGACGAGGAGGACUAUGAGGAUGAAGAAGGUGAUGACACAAGGCCAAGCUCUCCACCUGUGCUUACAAAACCUGCACUGCGUGGCAUGAAGAGGAAGAGAGUGGUAAUUCAUCGGAAAAAACGUGGACGAAAGCGCAAACAGCACAACAGCAGUGUUGUUACAGAGACCAUCUCAGAAACAACUGAGGUGCUGGAUGAACCAUUCGAUGAUUCUGACACUGAGCGACCCAUGCCACACCUCGAACCAACUUUUGAAUUCGAAGAGGAUGAGAGAAAUGAGAAGGAACAUCGAAGUGGACGCAUGUUCAGAAGUCUGACAUCUGGUGGUGCUGUACGAAAAUGUUCUUCCUCCCAGAGAGAGAUUCCAGAUGAAAAUGGUGGUGCUAAUGUUGUUCAAGGGCAAAGUACGCUUAAACCUUCAGUCACUGUGAGGAAAGAUAAGGCCAAAGAGCCUGCCUUACCCAAAUCUCCACCUGUGGUGUUGAAACGCAAGAGAGGGUGGCCUAAAGGUGUGAAGCGUGGAACAAUCAAAUGGAAGAGAAAGCCAGGGCGCAAACCAGGAUUUAAACUCGCCCAAUUAAGUGCAAGUAUGGACAUUGCAGGUACUUCGUCACCCAAUGUUGCUCUGAAGCAAGGGCGUCCAAACCGUAGUGAGGAAAGGCGGAACUCUUUAGAUGUGAAAACUGUAGAUGUCCCUAUAGCUUAUAAGAAGGAGGAUGAUGAGGAGGAGGAGGAGGAGGAAGAGGAGCUGGAGGAAGAAGUGCCAUGCGAUGUGCAGAGAACGCCUCAUGAUUCUCACAGUCCAGUACUUAAAGUUGAGGAGCAGGAAGCUGAGAAUGAAAAUGAGGAAAAAUCUGAAUCUGCUGAACAAGAGGGGCAUACGGAUGAGGAACAUGAACAUGAAGAAGAGGAGGAGGAAGAGAUCAACCAAAAUGAUGACCAUGAUGCUGACGAUGAGGACGAAGGCCACUUGGAUUCUGAAGACAAAAAGGUUGAGGAAAGUGUAAAAGAGAGUGUGAAAGAGGAAUCUCCAAUGCAAGAACCUUUUUUAGAGACAAGCACACCAGAUAAAAAUAUUACCGGUGAAAAUUUGAUGGAUGCGGAUUCUGAAGAAGAACAAGCAAAUGACACAUCACUGGACUCUGAGCUUGUGCCACCUUCAGAUGAAGACCGCAUUGAUGAUCAAGAUAAUAAAGAGACAUUAAUCCCAGAGUUCAAAGAAGAGGAGGAAGAGGAGGAGGAAGAAGAGGAGGACAUAUCGCACAGUGAGCUGGAUCUAGAAACGGUGCAAGCUGUUCAAUCUUUGACACAGGAGACAAAUAAUGAGCAUGAUGGUGCUUACCAGGACUGUGCUGAGACCUUGGAAGCUUGCCAGAACCUGCAAAGCUACAACCAGGCUGAAGAAAGUCCACAGAUUACCAUGGUGGAGGACUGCCAGCAGUCGGAGCAUAACAGCCCCAUCUCAUCUGUUCAGUCACACCCCAGCCAGUCAGUCCGUUCUGUCAGUAGCCCAAGCAUGCCAGCUCUAGAGAACAGCUACACACAAAUAAGUCCCGAGCAGAGCUCACUGUCAGCUCCCUCCAUGCAGAACAUGGAGACUAGCCCCAUGAUGGAUGUACCUUCUGUGUCUGACCAUUCACAACAGGUCGUUGACAGUGGAUUCAGUGACCUAGGCAGCAUUGAGAGUACAACAGAAAAUUAUGAGAACCCUAGCAGCUACGACUCUACAAUGGGAGGCAGUAUAUGUGGUAAUAACACAUCUCAGACAAGCUGCUCAUACAGUGGCCUAUCGUCUUCCAGCAGCUUGACUCAAAAUAGCUGCGUCGUAACCCAGCAAAUGACCAGUAUGAACAGCAGCUGUAGCCUGAUGCAACAGAAUAAUGUUGCCCCUACAGCCAACUGUAACAUGAAGUCCCCUCAGAGUUGUGCGAUUGACAGGCCUCCAAGCAACAACCAGCAGCAACAGCAGCAGCAGCAACCACCGCCUCCCCCACAGCAACAAGCCCAGCAACAGCCUCCACCACAACAGCCCCAACAACAACAGCCCCAGCAGCAACAGCAGCCAUUGUCUCAGUGCAGCAUGAGCAACAGUUUCACGACAGCCCCUAUGACCCUGAUGGAGAUCCCGGAGUCCUCUAACACUACUGGUAUGAGCCUGUAUGAGAGAAUGGGUCAGGGAGACUUUGGUGCUGGUGGUUACACACAGCCCACAGCCAACUUCAGCCUUGCCAGACUUCAGCAACUCACCAACACCAUUAUGGACCAUCAUGCUAUGCCUUACAGCCACUCUGCUGCUGUGACUUCCUAUGCAACUAGUGUGUCUCUGUCUAACACGGGCCUUGCUCAGCUAGCUGCAACACCCCAUGCACUUGCAGGGACACCCCAAGCACAAGCCACCAUGACACCACCUCCAAAUCUCACGUCGCCAUCUAUGAAUCUGACUUCACCUCUUUUACAGUGCAACAUGCCAGCUUCCAACAUUGGGAUUCCUCACACUCAGAGAUUGCAAGGCCAGAUGCCGACCAAAGGCCACAUUUCAAAUCGCUCCAAGUCUGCCCCACUGCCAGCUGCAACAGCCACCCAUCAGCAACAGAUUUACGGCCGUAAUACACCUGCACUGGCACAGCGGGCUCUUACAGUUCAACGAGGGAUGAACAUGGGUGUGAACCUGAUGCCUGCCCCCACCUACAAUGUUAAUUCCAUGAACAUGAACACACUGAAUGCUAUGAACAGCUAUCGGAUGAGCCAGCCGAUGAUGAACAGCAGCUACCAUGGUAAUGCGGCCUACAUGAACCAAACGGCGCAGUAUCCUAUGCAGAUGCAAAUGGGCAUGAUGGGAAGCCAGCCGUAUGGCCAGCAGCCUAUGCAGUCUAAUCCUCACAGCAACAUGAUGUACACAGGCCCCUCUCAUCACAGUUAUAUGAAUGCUGGCAUGCCCAAGCAAUCACUAAAUGGCCCAUACAUGAGAAGAUGAGGGAAGAUACUGUGGACACCAUAGAGAGCCAUUGUUUAUACUGAUGACAGCAAACAUAAUGGAAAUUUCAAAUAGAAUGAUUGCUGUAGACAUAGGAAUUUCACAAACUGCUUAGGGCCAUGUUCGGAGCGCCUUGGCCUUAAUUCCCCAGCCCCGAGAGAAAAAAAAGAAGGAAGAGAAAGAAAUUCUGCAACAGAAUUCAAUAAGAAAAUGGUUUGAGGAACCAUGCACAAGAAAUCUUUUAAUUAAAAGAAGCCUUACUUAAUGAAUUGUGUAGAAAUGAAAAACUAUCUGCUUUUUAUAUUUUUAAUUUUUUUAAUCUUUCAGUUUGUGUGUGCAGUCCACAUUUUUUAUAGAGUCCAUAGAUAUGAGACCCUUGAACGUGAGGACUGUCCAAGUCCCCAUUUGUUGACUUGGCACAGGGCAGGAGGCACUUAUCUCAGACUCUGCCUUGGUGAUAGUGUUGCAGGUGUGGCUGUAAUUUAUUGAUCUCACUGUAUCCCGUGCCAGUAGGUGAAACCGGAUCGCUUGUGCGCUUGUGGACUUCGGACCGUAAUGCCGAGGACAUCCUUCUUUCCCCCAUUGGUAUUGAGUUUGACUCUAGCGCAGCAUGCAACAGGCCCAAGAGCAUUUUCAUGUAUGUUAUAACGAUGUUUUUAACAUUGCUUCUUGUGUCACUGCAAGCCAUUUCACUUGUACGCCUUUAUUUUUUUAUGAGAAUUGACAGUAUUUGUUCUGGCACUUUCGAAGGACAGCCCAGGGUCCUGAAACAUCUAAGGCUUACAACAUUUAAUUUCCAAUUUAUUUUCUUAAAUAAAUCUCUCAAUCAUGAGAAAUCUGUUCGGAUUUGUCAGACUGUAUUUUUGGUUCCCAGUCAGGGUAUUUAUCAGAUCAGAAAGAUGCCUGUGUUCACAGAUAAUUUAGUUUAUUUUCCUCUUUUGCUUUCUGCCGUAACCUUAGGCAGUUCAAUUGCUUCUCGACAGCAAGUGCGGGGUAGUUAAUAAGUGGUGCCGUUAGCUCGGGUAUUGAGAAGGAAGUGAGCGCCUUAGACUGGCUCACUGUCUUUUGACAGCUGUUAGAACUGAUCAGAAAUCAUAGUCACGCACCUUUUAGGUUCCUUCCCACUGGGCUGUAAUGAAAUGGAUUGUGAGAUUUAAGAAAAGGAUAUCGGAGAUAGGUACAAAGUAGCAGGACAAAGGUGAGGGAGGCUACAUCAUGGAACUAGGUCGUGCCAUUUGGAUCCAUGAGCUGUACUUCAAACAGGAAAAUAAUAGUCAGCUGAGCACAUACUUUUCUCUUCACCACAUCUUGUAUGUGGGACCAGAGGAGGCAAACGAUUCUGACGGCACUGUUUAAAGUAAGGUUGUCACCACAGCGUCCAAUUCACAACUCAUUUCUGUUCUGAUACUGACCACCAGGUAACCCCUGUAAUGUCAGGUGAUGAGAUAAACAGCACAAGAGGGAAUUGCAACACUGGAUUGCAGUGGCCAGUUUUCCCUGGGCUAUAUAUGUGCAUCACUCAUGUGCACGGAGUUGGCCCACCGCGUGCAAUCCAUUCACCAACUGCGAUUGCACCAUACAUUUUGCCCAUCAAAAAAUUACGAAAAGGCAUUUGGGGAAAAAAAAGUGAUCUAAAAGCUUACCAAAUGGUUGAAGAGUGUGCACAGGUUUCAUAAUCUGUGCAAUUGGCACAUGCUACUCGUGAAUCUUGUGGCUAAACAGCAUUCAAUGAUUUCUUUUUGUUCGUAGUGUGUCUCAUUGUUGGAAAUAUGUCCAUCGAAACCACUCCACACUUCUGGGCUGGCCUUCAAGUGUGUUUGUUGGAAUACUGUUGAUUUGGGGUGGGGUGGGAGGGGGAAGGGAAGAUGUUUUUAAAAAAGAAAAGAAAAAAAAACAAAGCAGUUUUAGCCCAGAGCACCAGAUAUAUUGAAAAAAAUACACAAAGAUGAUUUCUCUUUUUCCCCUACUCAUUGUUUCUGGUGUUCGCAGUUUUGUUGAAUCAGGCAGCUUCCUUUUUUGAAAGCUAAGCUGGCUCAUUUUGACUUUAGGAUUAUUAUAGAAAAUGUUUUUCUAUAUUAAAAAAUGAAUUUAUCCUACAUAAUAUUGGUACUUGUCAUUUUUCAAUUCUGUUGAGAGGUAUUUUUAGCAGCUAAACUUGGGUAAUCUUAACUGAAGCUCACUGUUAGUGAUUCUCAGAUGCCUUUUAAAGAACUCACAUUUCAUUCCAUCUCUAGAGUUUUUUCUAUCUUUGUUGUAGAAUAUUGAAGCUAUUUUAAGAAAAUAAAUUCUCCAAUCUUCUAGUGUGUGUGAAUAGACCUCCUCCAGCUUCCAAGCCGCAUGUAAAAAGCUGAAUAUUCAUGUCUGUUUAUAUUGCCUUCAUUUUUUGUACCCUUUGUACUUGUACAUGGUGACUGUAAGCUAUGAGGAGGGAACGAUUGAGCUUGUGCAUCCAGACGCCAGCACAGGCCACACUCCCUCUUCCUCCCCCUUGUAUGUAAUAUCACUUUUCUUUCUAGCAAGUACUUUCAAAGACCUCUGUACAUUUUAACAUAAAUAAAUUAUGUUGAGCCAUUCUGGA